UGAUAGAAGAAAGUUGUUUAUACAGUUUAUACUACACUAUAGCGUUUAACUAAUGAACACCAAUAAGAAACCAUGACUUUACUUACUGUCUACCUAGGCACCUAACUGAAAUACCACAUAGGCUAAUCUUAACAAAGGAGGUAAAGAAUUGGAGGAUACAUUACAUGUAACAGAACAAGGAGGUUCAACACGAGUAUAAUAGGACAAUAAGGGAUCGUUCGAUAACAAUGCAUUGAACAAGGCCGAGUGUGUAGAAUAAAUCAAGCUCUCACCCCGUAACCUAUGGUUUCGGACAUCCUCAAAGGAAAGGCAUCGGGCAAGCUCUCUCGCAUAAAACAGAAGGCGCUGAAUGACCUUGGUCAGUUGAUGGGACUCAGACCUGGGGAAUUAAACCAACGAUAUAGCCAACGAAGCAGGCAGGCUUGCUUAUUCUCAAAAUGGCGACCUCCACGCAGUCGGCAAACCCGACACCGCCACCAGCCAGAAGUCCACUGAUAGAUCUCCGCCCUCGUAAGCUGGAUACCGUGAAGGAAUUCAAACCCAUGUCAACCACAUGCAGAAGCUAUGUAUUUUAUCACACAUGCGGAUGUAGGUCUAAAGGACCGAUUGUUUAUCUUUGCACCAAAAACUGCCAGCACGAAGAGUCAACUUUGUUUGUUGGGGGGAUGGAAUUUGCGUGCGGGGUUCAACCACCACGGGUCGCAGCAUGUGGGUUGGAAGACAAGGCUAAGAAAGAGUUUGUCCGAGAAGUAGAUACGGCAGACCGACUUGACAAAUUCCUGAUCCUUCCAGGAUGUACAAAAGCCGACGUGGACAUGGUAGCUCCCGCUUUUGCUGGGUCUAACAACCAGACAUGGCAAGAAGAUAUCCUGAGCCGCUACGACCAGACACAAGGUCAGAAGAACGCAAAAGUCUUCUCGAAAAAAACACAACAUAGUCCCCCUGAGACUAAAGAAAAGGAUGAAAACGUGGAAGACAUCUUGAUUAGCCCGAUACCGAAACGCGAACCCCAAGACACGGUAUUAGGUAAGGGGGAUGGGCAAGCUCACCAGGAGGAGGGGGAUGAAGACGUGGAGGAGACCGUAAUUGGUCGGAUGCCGAAACGCAAACCUCAAGACAAAGUAUUGGAUAAGGGGAGUGAGCAAGCCCACCAGAAGGAGAAGGAGAAGGAGACGGAGAAGGAGAAGGAGACGGAGAAGGAGAAGGAGACGGAGAAGGAGAAGGAGACGGAGAAGGAGAAGGAGACGGAGAAGAAGGAGACGGAGAAGGAGAAGGUGGGCCAAGCCGAGAAUAUUGCCGAAAGGAAGAGUGAAAAUUACGCGGAUAUCGGUAGGAGCAGCUUGGAAAGUGGUGCGAAAACUAAAGAUGAGAAUGUUCCUUGGUGUAUGGUCGACGUGAAUUACGGAGUGGCUAUUACAGGCCACCCGGGCGGCAACAGCGGCAACAUUACCCAGGGUAACGUUAAAUCCGAUCCUCCUCAGGAUAACAUCAGAUCCGAUAGCAAGAUUGAAACCAAGGCCAAUGACGGUUGUAAGGUUGAUGUUACUUUCGACAAUCGUAUCAACGACGAGGCCGAGAACAAGCAAGAGAGCACCGAUGAGGACAACGGCGGAGUUCUCGUUAAAACUGCCACCAAAGACGUUGAAGAUGACACCCAGAGCGAUGAAGCCUCAGACGAAGAGGAGUCUUCAGAUGAAGAGGAAUCAUCGGAAGAAGACGAGGACGAUGAUGAAGAUGACGAAGACACUCUUCACGAUGUUCCGCUGGAUGACAAUGCUGCCCUAAGCGGUGAAGACUACAACCCUUCCGACUAUCUGGAAGAUGAAAUUCCAGUUGAGGAUGGUAUAUGCGACGAGUUUAUUGAUUACCUUGUAGAGACCGAGGAGAGGGAGCAGAAAGCGAGGGAAGACAAGGAGAAGGAGGAGAAGGCAAAGGCGAACGGAGGCACAGUAGUGGGUAAAUUCUUUUCAUAUUUUCGGGGGUCCAAGUGAUGGAAGUUUUCGCGUAUGAUGAAUACUUUGUAGAAGCUAGAUAUACUUGGAAUUUUAUUUUAAUUAUUUUAAUUAUUUGUACACACAUAUGAAUCAGGCAUUUCAUUGUGGUUAACAAGAUUGAUGAAGAUUGAUGAAGAUUGAUGAAGAUUGA